AUGAAUAAAGAUUAAAAUGGGUUACAAUUUGCCUAUCCAGAAAACACUAGCAUGUUUAUAAAAGAUUUUUCUUAAAAGCUAUUAAUUAAUUAUAAAUAGAUAGAGAGCUGUGUUAGCGAUUAUAAAUAGCAACUUCCCGAUUCAUAUUAUGACUGCUCUGAUUUACAAAUAAAUCAUGGUGAAGACAUGAUGGAAAGGUAUGUUGAAUUAGAAAUACCAGAUAAUGAAGAUUUAAAAGAACAUCUUAAAGCUUGCGGAGAUGAAGCAAGCAAAAAAAAUAUUAUUUUGAAUUCUUAAAGUCCAUACUAGCUAGUUUAAGAUGCCAAAGAAAAUAUAAAAGACAUGAAAAAAGAAUCAAUAAAUUUAUCAGUACUUGUUGAUAAAUUGAAGGUUCCUAUUUUUACUCAAGAUAUUUCUUAGCAAAUAUCAGUUUUGGAGUCUUUUAAAGUAUUAGAGAAGAAAGAAGUUAAGAUUAAAGCUUUGUGUAAAAACAUGAUGGAUAGACCUAUUUAAAAAGCAAUAGAAGAAGAAAAGAAAAGAUUCAUUCCUAUUGAGAAAAAACUAGACACAAAUCACACAAUAAUAAAAGUUUCUGUUUAUAACAGCAUCAAUGGAUUAAAGCAAAACGAAUAUUUAGUAUACGAUAUUUAAUUUUUGUAAGAUUUAGUUUUUAAAAUUGAAUGUCUUUCAGAAAAACUCUCUGAAAGAAUUCCGAGUGGACAACAAUCCCAGCCUGACUCAAAGUUUAUGAAACCCUCAUUCUUAUUUAUAGAAAAUACUUUUUACAACAACCAAUACAAGAUAGAUGUUAAAAACCUAUACCAUGAAUGGCAGCAAGAAGCAAAAAUAAACUCUCAAAAUAGUGGAAUGCAGUUUGAAGAAGAAUUUGAAGAAAAAACCUUAAAUGAAAUGUUUGAGUAAAUUAAAAUACAAAUAGGUAAGCCAUAUGUAUUUAGACAUUAAAAUAAAUGUGAUCACAUGAUUGUUUUUAAUGAAAUACGUCUAUGGAAUACAGAUCUGCCAGCUGAUAAAGAUCUGUACCCCUUCAAUGUUUUUCUGCCUAAAGUAAAAAGAAGAAAAUGUGAUGGAUGCAACUUAUUCUUUACAGAGAUCGUUUGCUUCAAUGAUAAAGUUUCAUCUAAAAAUCCUAUUUUUCUAUGUGAAAAGUGUUUUAAUCAAACCCAUAUCAAUUGGAAAAAAGAAUUAAGAUAUAACGAUUUCUCAUAUUAUCCAUACAUUUAUGAAUGA